GUGCGCCCUGGCGAUGUGGUAGUAUGUGAUACAAAGUCGCCGAGUUGAAGUCUUGCGUUUUGUUGAGUUUUUCGUCCAACUGUUUAAGUGCUAUAAUAACACGGUAAUGCCGAUAAGCUAAAGAAAAAUUAAAAAGAGAUAAUAUAAGACUACAGUUCAAAGAGCAAAAAAUAUGUCAAAAGGAUACAUGCAUCAACACAUCGUAAACCCAAAACAUCAGUAAACAAAGAAGCAGUAACGAUCGAGGGAUACAAGGCCGAGGAAGCGAGUUAAGGAAGAAUCGGAUCCGGAAUUCUCCAGCUUCCAGCCUCCAGUUCUCCAGUCCUCCAAUACACCAAUACUCCAAUCCCACAAUCCUCCAAAACUCCAGUAAUCACUAGCAACAGAUUAUCGGACCCGCGAGCUAAAUGUCCAGUUGCCGCUAUCGUUCCAUACGGACGGCGUGUCACUCCCGACAAAUGCGUAUUGUGGUUGACCUUGUUUAAUAUAAUUAUGGCCGAGCGGUCGUUACAAAAGUAUCAGAAAUUGGAUACAGUGACGGUUGGAAGCGGCUCAGGAAGUAGUGCAAGCAGAGCAUCAACAGGACUCCUUAGGCGGGGGGCACUUGGGUCGAAAGGGAGCCCAUCGCUUAGCUGAUAGAAUGGGUGGCCCGAAAAAAGAGGAAAACCCACCAGGUGGUGGUCCGACGUCAUUGUUUAUUCUAACCGAGGAUAACCCAAUUAGAAAGUACACACGAUUCAUCAUAGAAUGGCCGCCCUUUGAAUACGCUGUGUUAUUGACAAUCAUAGCCAACUGUGUUGUGUUGGCGCUAGAGGAGCACUUGCCGGGGGGCGACAAGACAGUAUUGGCUCAAAAAUUGGAAAAAACGGAGGCCUAUUUUUUAUGCAUUUUCUGUGUAGAAGCGUCGCUCAAGAUCCUCGCCUUAGGGCUUGUUCUGCAUAAACACUCCUAUCUCAGGAAUAUUUGGAACAUCAUGGAUUUUUUCGUUGUAGUUACGGGAGCCAUGACGAUAUUUGCUGAGGCCAAUAUAGACGUUGACCUGCGUAUGUUGCGAUCUUUUCGUGUUUUACGCCCACUGAAGCUCGUAUCCCGAAUUCCAAGUUUACAAGUAGUUUUAAAAUCUAUAAUCAAGGCGAUGGCACCUUUACUGCAAAUCGGUCUCUUGGUGUUGUUUGCAAUCGUAAUUUUUGCAAUCAUUGGACUCGAGUUUUAUUCGGGCGCACUGCAUAAGACUUGUUAUAGCUUAGAAGAUCCAAACAAACUAGUGAAGGAGGGCGAAUCAGAGACGCCUUGCAACACGGACAACAGCACGGAAAAGGCAACAGGCUCCUUUGUAUGCAACAACACCACGAGCAUGUGUCUGGAGAAGUGGGAUGGACCAAAUUCAGGUAUCACGAGUUUCGAUAAUAUCGGAUUUGCCAUGUUGACCGUAUUCCAAUGUAUCACGAUGGAGGGCUGGACGUCAAUACUGUAUUGGACCAACGACGCAUUAGGUUCAGCAUUUAAUUGGAUAUAUUUCGUGCCUCUUAUAGUUAUAGGCUCAUUUUUUAUGCUCAACUUAGUUCUUGGUGUCCUUAGUGGUGAAUUCGCAAAAGAACGAGAAAAAGUAGAAAAUAGACAAGAGUUUCUUAAACUUAGAAGGCAGCAGCAACUAGAAAGAGAGUUAAACGGCUAUGUUGAAUGGAUUUGUAAAGCUGAGGAGGUAAUACUAGCCGAGGAGCGAACAACGGAAGAAGAAAAAAUGCACAUAAUGGAGGCUCGUAGACGAAACGCUGCCAAGCGGAAAAAGCUGAAAAGCUUGGGAAAGUCCAAGUCGACAGACACAGAAGAGGAGGAAGCCGAGGAAGAUUAUGGUGACGAUGGUUAUCUGAAAACUCGCUCGAAACCUCAAGGAAGUUGUACCGGAUUUUGGCGGGCGGAGAAGAGGUUUCGUUUCUGGAUCCGGCACACGGUGAAGACGCAGUGGUUCUACUGGUUUGUGAUAGUCCUUGUCUUUCUGAACACGGUCUGCGUAGCCGUCGAGCAUUACGGCCAGCCCUCGUUCCUCACGGAGUUUCUCUACUAUGCUGAAUUCAUCUUCCUGGGACUCUUCAUGUCGGAAAUGUUCAUCAAGAUGUAUGCGUUGGGACCACGCAUCUACUUUGAGUCGUCGUUCAACCGAUUUGAUUGCGUUGUCAUUAGUGGUUCGAUAUUCGAAGUGAUCUGGUCCGAGGUCAAAGGCGGUUCGUUCGGUCUGUCUGUGCUGCGUGCCCUGCGAUUGCUGCGCAUCUUCAAAGUAACCAAGUACUGGUCGUCGCUGCGCAAUCUAGUCAUCUCUCUGUUGAACUCGAUGAGAUCCAUCAUCUCAUUGUUGUUCCUGCUCUUCUUGUUCAUCCUCAUAUUCGCCUUACUUGGCAUGCAGUUAUUUGGCGGCCAGUUCAAUCUGCCAGGAGGCACGCCCGAAACCAAUUUUAACACUUUCCCGAUAGCACUGUUGACUGUAUUCCAAAUCCUCACUGGCGAAGAUUGGAACGAGGUCAUGUACCAGGGCAUCAUAUCUCAGGGUGGUGCUCAGAAAGGAAUGAUUUACUCUAUAUACUUUAUCGUUUUGGUACUCUUCGGAAAUUACACGCUAUUGAAUGUGUUCUUGGCUAUCGCCGUUGAUAAUUUGGCGAAUGCCCAAGAACUUACAGCAGCCGAAGAGGAACAAGUCGAAGAGGAUAAAGAGAAACAACUGCAGGAGCUCGAGAAGGAGAUGGAGGCCCUCCAGGCGGACGGUGUCCAUGUGGAGAAUGGCGAAGGUGCUGUGGCCCCCACCAAGUCCAAGGGCAAGAAGAAAGAGGAGGAGAAGAAGGAGGAGGAGGAAGUGACGGAGGGUCCCAAGCCGAUGUUGCCCUACUCAUCGAUGUUUAUACUCUCACCAACCAAUCCCAUACGACGCGGAGCCCAUUGGGUUGUUAAUUUACCAUAUUUUGAUUUCUUCAUUAUGGUUGUCAUCUCAAUGUCAUCAAUAGCAUUAGCAGCCGAAGAUCCCGUUCGUGAGAACUCAAGGCGAAACAAGAUAUUGAAUUAUUUCGAUUAUGCAUUUACCGGCGUAUUCACGAUAGAAAUGUUGCUGAAAAUUGUAGACUUGGGUGUGAUCCUGCACCCUGGCAGCUAUUUAAGAGAAUUCUGGAAUAUUAUGGAUGCUGUGGUCGUUAUAUGCGCUGCUGUUAGUUUCGGUUUCGAUAUGAGCGGUAGCAGCGCUGGACAAAAUUUAUCGACUAUUAAAUCGCUUCGGGUAUUGCGUGUCCUACGCCCAUUGAAGACCAUUAAGCGUGUACCAAAAUUGAAAGCCGUGUUCGAUUGCGUCGUGAACUCAUUGAAAAAUGUUGUUAACAUUCUAAUCGUGUACAUAUUGUUUCAAUUUAUAUUUUCUGUUAUUGGAGUACAAUUGUUCAAUGGAAAAUUUUUUUAUUGUACGGACGAAAGUAAACAUACUUCCGCAGAGUGCCAGGGCUCGUACUUUAAGUACGAGGAGGACGAACUGCUGCCAAAACAGGAACUGAGGGUCUGGAAGCCUCGGGCCUUCCACUACGACAAUGUUGCCGCCGCGAUGCUAACACUUUUCGCCGUUCAGACCGGCGAGGGAUGGCCACAGGUCUUGCAACACUCAAUGGCUGCCACUUAUGAAGAUAGGGGUCCAAUCCAAAAUUUCCGGAUCGAAAUGUCCAUAUUUUAUAUUGUGUAUUUUAUUGUAUUUCCGUUCUUCUUCGUCAACAUAUUCGUGGCCUUGAUUAUUAUUACGUUUCAAGAGCAAGGCGAAGCUGAGUUACAAGAUGGCGAAAUUGACAAAAAUCAGAAAUCCUGCAUCGAUUUUACUAUAGGAGCACGUCCUCUCGAACGCUAUAUGCCCAAAAACCGGAACACCUUCAAGUAUAAAGUGUGGCGAAUUGUGGUUUCAACGCCUUUCGAGUACUUCAUUAUGAUGUUGAUCGUAUUCAAUACCCUUUUGUUAAUGAUGAAGUAUCAUAAUCAGGGAGACAUGUACGAAAAGUCACUGAAGUAUAUCAACAUGGGAUUCACUGGAAUGUUUAGUGUAGAAACUGUGCUUAAAAUCAUUGGAUUCGGUGUUAAGAAUUUCUUCAAGGACCCCUGGAACAUAUUCGAUCUAAUCACCGUUCUGGGCAGCAUUGUGGAUGCCCUGUGGAUGGAAUUCGGGCACGAUGAUUCGAACUCAAUCAACGUCGGCUUCCUGCGUUUAUUUCGUGCGGCGCGCCUUAUCAAGUUACUUCGUCAAGGAUACACAAUACGAAUUCUUCUAUGGACAUUUGUACAAUCAUUUAAAGCUCUUCCCUAUGUCUGUUUGCUUAUAGCCAUGCUAUUUUUUAUAUACGCCAUUAUUGGCAUGCAGGUGUUCGGGAAUAUCAAACUAGGUACGGUGGAAAAUUCCAUUACUAGACACAACAACUUCCAAUCAUUUAUUCAAGGCGUCAUGUUGCUAUUCAGGUGUGCAACGGGCGAGGCCUGGCCAAACAUAAUGCUGGCCUGUCUGAAGGGCAAGGCCUGCGACGAGGACGCCGAGAAGGAACCUGGAGAGUACUGCGGAUCCACACUGGCCUACGCCUACUUCGUAUCGUUUAUAUUCUUCUGCUCCUUCCUCAUGCUGAAUCUGUUCGUCGCCGUCAUCAUGGAUAAUUUUGAUUAUCUCACGCGGGACUCCAGCAUCUUGGGUGCUCAUCACUUAGACGAAUUUGUGCGCAUAUGGGCGGAAUAUGAUCCAAAUGCGACUGGUAAAAUACACUACACGGAAAUGUACGACAUGCUGAAGAAUAUGGAUCCACCGUUGGGAUUUGGAAACAAGUGUCCCAAUCGACUGGCCUACAAGAAACUAAUACGAAUGAAUAUGCCCCUGGACGACGAGCUGAGAGUUCAGUUCACCACAACGUUAUUUGCUUUGAUUCGCGAGAAUCUUAGCAUCAAAAUGCGAGCGCCUGAGGAGAUGGACCAGGCGGACAUGGAGCUCCGGGAGACGAUCACAAACAUCUGGCCUUUGCAGGCGAAGAAGAUGCUGAACCUGCUGGUGCCGCCGAGCGAUCAGCUCAACAAGGGCAAGCUCUCAGUGGGUAAAAUCUAUGCAGGUUUCCUCAUCCUGGAGUCCUGGCGCAGCACGCGGUUCGGCCAGCUCGAUUCGGGAAUGCCGCGGAAGAAGCCGGAAGACGAUGAUGCGCAUAAAUAUAGCCCAACGGCAGUCGAGGAGCCGAAACAAUCAUUCUUUAACUGCCUACUCGAUAUGGCCGCCCUUGACAAAGGAGGAUCGCGACAGGGCUCCAUAAGUUUCGAGCCGAAUGGGGAAGGAGCCGCCAACUCACAAACACAUUUGUUAGCCAGCACGCACCACCACCACGCAAACGGUGAUGCCGAACACAACAGUUUGGCAACACUAGCACGGCGGAGUACGAUCAGAAAGCGAUCAGUUAGAAACAAAAAGGUGAAUAAGUUUGAUAAACUCCAAGCGAUGCUGGAGCUACAGGACGCAUCGAGACAUCCCUCGCAAGAAUCACUUACCGGUGCCGAUGCUGGCCAUUUACAUCCUGGACAUUCGUAUAUGAAUGGCCAUCGGCGAUCGCCUAGCUUGAGGCACAACGGCUCUCCACUGGCCAGAUCUCCAAGUCCUCGACGGCGUGGCCAUCAAUACAUACAUCAUGAUAUCGGGUUCUCCGAUACCGUAUCUAAUGUUGUAGAGAUGGUCAAGGAGACUCGUCAUCCUAGGCAUGGCAACAGUCAUCCGCGGUAUCCAAGAGGUUCAUGGUCAGCAUCGACAAGUCCGGCCCGUUCGCCUUCGCCUUCUCGAUAUGGUGGUCAUUUGUCUCGCAGUAAACGCACUCAACUGCCUUAUCCCACAUAUGGGACAACCAGUCUAUGUCAAAGAUCACGAUCGCCGAGUCCCGCUAGACUUCAGGAGAUGCGUGAACGAGACAGACUUGGUUAUGGGAUUGAUAUGGGUGUAACGCAUGUGCAGCAUAGUUACCCAACACUGGCCUCCCGAAGAGCCGGAAUCGGUAGACGUCUGCCACCGACUCCCAGCAAACCUUCAACACUGCAGCUCAAGCCAACCAAUAUCAAUUUUCCCAAGCUGAAUGCGAGUCCCACACAUACACACCACUCAACGCCCCACAGUGUUCACUCGCUACCACACCACCGCGACCUGCUGCGAGAUCCAAGGGACAUGUACUACAGUAGUAGGGAACGCGAGCGGGAUCGCGAACGCCUUAGGGAUCGAGAUCGGGAGAGGGAUCGCGAUCGGCUGCACGAGUACGACCUGCGCUACGAGUACAGGGAUCGGGAGCGAGAGUUGUACGAGCGCGAAAGAGAUCGCGAGCGGGAGGUCGAAAGAGAAAGACUGGAAUAUAUAGCACCGCUGUCAUUCGAACAAGCGCUGGCUAUGGGCCGAACAGGUCGUGUACUGCCAUCUCCAGUUCUAAAUGGUUUUAAGCCAAAGAGCGGUCUGAACCCUCGACACUCCGAUUCGGAUGAGGAGGAUUGGUGCUAGCAAAGGCUUUGAUUGCGAUCGCGUAAUCGAAAGGAUCAGAUCUGGGUAUAGCAUCAGGCCAUAUGCUCCUCUUUGUCAGCACCAAAUUUAGAUCACAAUUUUGAUACGAUACGACACAGAUACCAGCCCGACCAUCAGCAAACCCAUCCACAUGCACACCAAAAGCCACAGCAACACCCACAUAGAGAACCACACCUACACCGACACCGAAGGUAUGACACGAAUGUAUCGACACCGAAACUAGGAACAACUAUAUCUGAUAUCAAAUUGGCUGGAGUAAGCUUACAGGAAUUAAACCCAAAUCGACAACCGCAAUCGCAACAGAAGCAAGAGCUGGAUCAUCAAGAUGGGCGACUUGAGUGGCUCAGGUGGUGCCGUUUGGGGUCAUAUCCCCAAUCCCCGGUAAUGGCAUCAUUGCCGGAAACCAGAGCAACAUCGCCCCAAUCCGAUAUUCAAUACAUCAGAAAAAUGAAUCUAAAGAGAAAUGAAACCGAAACCGGAACAAUUGCAAUAACACCAAGGACAACUAAAACUGAAGCAAUGAUAUUAAGCGUACCAAUUACAAUAACGUCCCCAUUAGCUAUUAAAAAGAUAUAUUCAGAUAAUGACAUUAAUUAUAAUACCGAACGAGAUGAUGAUAAUGCUGAUGGCAGAGUGGAGGAUGAAGCAGCAGCACAUCGUUAUCACCAGCCAGAACUAACCACACCAGAUCUACAACACGAGCCACCACUGCAGCAAGAUCACCAGCACUAUCCGCAGUAUUCGUAUCAUACGCUUUAAGGAGUAUAGGAUCAAGAACCAGAAUCCAGAAUUCAGAAUCCAGACUCCAGAGUCCAGAAUCCAUAAUCCAGAACCACUAAAAGUGCAACUUUAAUUGAAACUGAAACUGAAACGCAAACGGAAACGAGGUGUAAAGAUUGUGAGAGAGAUUCUAUUCCAAAGGAUUAUUCCCGGAGUAGGGAGACGGAGAUAUGUAAACAGAUUAGAGCUACUAUUUGCCUAGAAAUAGGAGUAGAACACAUAUUGUUAGAUAUGAAUAUGAUCAAGUGUAUUGUACUUUUUUUCUAAUGUAAGGACAAGCCUAGACGAAGAGCACAUCAAAAUGAAACCAAUGAUAGCGGAACUCCUUCAAGCAGAACACACAUAGAUCUAGGUCUAAGUGCAUAGGAAAUAUAAAUUGUAGGUACUCGCAUACAUUGUAAGUUAUAUAGGACAUAACUCGAGGAAUCAGUAAUCUGCAAGCGUUUUUGUCUUGUUUGUAUUUAAAGUUAGUAAUUGAAUUAUGUGUAUUUAAAUGCGACAUUUUAUUUAUUCUAUGUACAUACCAGAUAAUUGUAGAUAUCAAAUUUUUGUAUGUAAUAUAUUUACCUACGACUACCAACUAUUAUAAAUACCUUCGACAGAACGAACCCGAUAGCAAAUAUUAGCUAUAAUAGCAACAAAUAAGCGCAUUUUAGUACCCUACGAUUUUUUAUUAUUCUGUUAUGUAUGUAUACUCGAGCGAAUAUUUUUUUUUGUCGACUUAUAGACACGUAAUGAAUUCAAACACAAAACCCAACUACAACCAAGUAACUCAAUUAUGACCAAGAGUAUGUAUCUGUAAAAUUAGCAUUAUCCAAUGGCAUGUGUGUGUGUACAGACUUUAGGAAUUUACAAUUUACAAUAGCUUCGAUGUCACAUUUCUUCAUGAGGAGGGCACGUUCUUUUCACAAUGUUUCUCUGUACUCUGUACGCGAAAAAAGGUUUAUGCUUCUGUUAAUGUAUUUCCGAAAGCGUUUCGUAUGCUGAAAUUAGCUCCUCUCAGACUUUCCGAUCUGUUGAACAAAUUGAUGUCCAUUUGUAUCUAUAAUCAAAGAACGAAAGCAUUGAUUUUACAAUCGAGCAUCUUCAACAUAAACAUGUGUAGAUAUAAUGCAUACACCUCCGGCUCCUCAUACUCGAACAGAAUGUGUAUAAUGUGUAAAAAUGCAGAGCUCAUGGCACAUCAAGCGAAAUAUAUUCAAAUAUACAAGUAUGCAUGCACACAGCCCCUCCAACUCACUAUAGAAAAUGCAGACAUCAUGUGUAUAGAUAGACGAAUCGUACAUGUUUGACGACGGGAUAUCGAAGAGCGCACAAUAAUUGUAAUUUAAAGAAAUGAAUCCAUAACUUAAGUAAAUAAUUAUAGCAGCUGAGCAGUAAUGCGAAUUUACACAGCAAAGGAACUUACCAUUAUGAUUAUGACGAUGACUAGUGGCGUAGAUUGCAUACGAAGGUAGAAGAAACAUUUAGCAAACGAAGUAAAUCAAGAAUCACUAACUCUUAACUAACUUAACUGAGCUGACUUCAGCUAUGUACGAUACUUAAAUAUUAACUGAGCAAUACUGAAUAGGGAAAACGACUAACCUAGAAGCGAUAAACCAAAAUAUACACUUAAUAAAAUGGCCAAAAUCGCCAUUGAAUUAAAAAAUUCGCCAUUAGAAUAAUUCAAUAACACUCUGCCAUCACUUAAAAAAAGUUUCAAUUCAAUUUCCAAUAUUAAAAUAGGGAAAAAUAAUUUAUUAAACUUUUCUGUUAAACCUCAGGAACUUUUUUAAAGAACCAAAAAGUUGAUCUUAGGUUUUGUUAGAUUUUAGUGUUACCAGUUGUAAAAGGUCUAUAAAUAGGAAGACUUAUGUAAAUACAUUUAUGAAGCAAACAAUUCAAGUUGAGAUUUUUAUGAUUUUCGAACAAAGUUUUUUAAAAUAUAAGUUGUUAUUUAAUUUGAUGGCGAUUUUCUAAAGCUAGAAAAAAGUUUCGAGUGAAAGGAAACCGGGAAGCGUAUUCUUCUAUAGUUAUUACAGAUUAGUUACGGACGCCGACAAACAUGCAUUCGAGAUAUAUACACGCCUACAUAGAUAAAUAUACAAUAGUUUAUAACUAGUCUCGAAUAAAAAAACCGAAUUCCAUUGCUUAGGGAAAUCAAAGAAUCGCCGAUAUAGAAAUUCACACUCCAAUUAAUUGUAAACACACAGCGCAUUACCGAGUGCUGUUGCACGUUGUAAUUCCGAGGUUCACUUUUGACUACUUCCAGUAAAAAUUUGCCCACGUGGCGAAUGUUUCAAGUCCUCAGUCUUAGGCUAAGAUCCGAUUUUUGACCUUCGUUUGCACUGCUUGCUUAAACAUUAACAUUCCAAUUCGAAUUAUUACUAGCGAUAUCCUCACACAAGUAGAGUUCUUGGAAGGGCAGCUUAGGGCUCAUUAGCUCAAUUACUACUACUGAAUCAUUGCCCCGAUGCCAAAACUAAAAAUUAUAAAUAAAUAAUAAAAACAAAACAAAAAAAAAAAAUGACAAAAAACCAAAACAAAAAAAGAACAAAAACCAAAAGAAACGAAACCAAAACCAAAAAAAUAGAAAUGAGUACAAAAUAUGAAGAUAGUUUACUAAUAUCGUUUCGAUAUUAGAUGUUUAUCCAAUCCAUCAUUGCCUCUAGAGGAACUAUUUAGUUAGCUAAUUAUUGGCAUACUUGACCAUUUCCAUUCGAUUCGCUUUUAAUGCACACGACCUUCGCUUCGUCCUUCAAAUAGCCUCUCUGACCCACUUUACUCCUACUUGUACAUUCCUACAUACUUAUAUGGUUAGUUGGUUAGGUGCCAAGUGCAGGGAUCAGCAUCAACAUCAUUUUGUCGGGGAAGAACAAUUCGGGAACCACAACCCGCCAUUUACCAAACUAAAUUUCAAAAAAAUACAAAAAAAAAAGUUAUAAUAAUAUGACAGUGCUGCUAUCGAUUGUUCUUCCAGAUCCUUGCAUUCCUCUCUCACAAGGAACUAUCAUAAAAAGCAUUGUCCGAAUAUUUUUUAAUACUCCUGAUUCAGAUUCAGAUCUCCAUAUAUGCUUGAAGGCUCGGUGCAAGUUCAUUAUAUUCUAAAGCUGGUAAAACGCAGUCAUGAUGAAGUGCACACAAGGCUGCUGCCGAGCCAGUCCCAGAAAAGGUGACCCCAAAAGGUGACCCCGAUCGGUCCGCUCCCUGUGUUCCCUGUCUCAUGUCGUAGGUGGCUUACUUUUUUUAAAACACUACACAUUUAUCCCCAACUUUACGAUUCGAUUGUAUAUUUUGUUAUUUGUUUACUGUCUGGUGUGAACGGUAACAUGAAGAAAAAAAAAA